ACAAAUACAGAAGACAAUUAAGCAUCGACAAGCUUCAAUGGUUUUAUUUUUAAGAUAACCAAAUAGUUUUCAUAUCCUUGUCUCCUAAUUCUUUCUGUUCAGGAAUAAUUCUCGUGAGCCCUUUGAGAGUUUUUCUUCUAUUGAUCGAUGGCUUUUACGUCGUAUACUUACCAGGUGUUCUUGAGUUUUAGAGGCGAAGACACCCGCAAGAAUUUCACCGAUCACCUUUACUCGACGUUGUCCAGGGCAGGGAUUGUCACGUUCAGAGACGAUAAUAGCAUCCAGAGAGGAGAAAACAUCGAGUUAGAAAUAGAGAAGGCAAUCCAAGAGUCGCAGAUGUCAGUUGUUGUGCUGUCUAAAGAUUAUGCUUCUUCGACAUGGUGCCUAGACGAACUUGUGAUGAUCAUGGAUCGUAAGAGGACUGCUGGACAUAUUGUUCUACCUGUUUUCUACGAUGUGGAUCCAUCUCAAGUUGGGGAGCAGACAGGGAAUUAUGCUGAAGCCUUUGCUAAACACCAAGAUCAUUUCCAGGAUGACAUGGAGAGGGUAGAGAAAUGGAAGGCAACACUCAAAGAAGUUGCAUACCUGGGAGGGAUGGUUCUACAAGAUAGGCACGAGUCACAAUUCAUUGGAGACAUAGUUGAAGAGGUAGGAAAGAGACUGGACUCCACAGUACUGCUUGCUCCAUAUAUUGCCUGGCAUAGAUACCGGCU